AAUCAGCUAUGAAAGGAUGGGAAGAAAGUACUGCAAGUUUAAGAGCACAGGAAAAGAGAUGUAUAAAACAGAUAUAUAAAAAAAUGGGAGCGGAUAAAGUUACAGGAUUAUUCAGUAGUAGCAUUACAGGCUCACCUGAGAUUAGUAUCAUGAGUUUAAAGUAAAACCAGAGCAUGGUUGUAUGUUUUCUUCUACGGUGUAGCACCACAGGUACAGACAGGGACAAAGUGAAAGAAUGGCCAUAGGAAUAAAAGCAGCUAAGACAAGAGAGAGAACAUAGUCACUAGGGGAAAGAAGGUCAAGAAAAAGAGAGGCCAAGUUAUUGGAUCAUCUAUAAGGAUAUUAAAAUCACUAAGAAUUAUGAUAGUAGCACUGCAAAGGGCAACAGUGAGCCAGGAACUAAAAAUCUUCAAGGAAUGAGGAAGACAGAUGAGAAGGAGGAGAAAGCGUUCAGAUGACUGCUAGGAGAUGAAAUCCUAUACCGGAGAGAAGAAAGAAGGGUGACCCGUUCUGCCCUAGGUCUUUUGGUUACUUGAAGUAGCUGCUUCUCCACCCCACUCCCAGAAACAGUAACAAGCACUCCCCACCUUCUUCAGAGAGUGUGUGAGAGAAUAAAGGUCAGGAGAGAAAACAUGUUUAGUGCAUUUGAAAGGAAACCCGCGAGUUAACCAGUUCCUUCUGUCCCCACCCCUCCAUCUUUUUUUCUAAAUGUUGGUGAGGUUAUGGAGCUGGCGUUGGCGCGCGGGAAGCCGAGAAAAACGGGACUCAAAGCCCGGCUGGGAAGUCAGGUAUCCAGUUGGCCGGCGAUAAGGGUUUCACCUUCGGGACUGGAGCGCCACAAACUUCAACCGUUAUAUCGACCUCCCCGGCCCAGGUCUUACCAUCACAGCGCCACAAACUGCAGGUCGCCUCCGCCCUGCACAGGCUGCGCUUGCCAGCCCCGGACUUCUGCGCGCGCUGCAUGCCCAUUGGAUGUGCUCAUUCCCACCCCAGCCAAUCCCGAAACUCGCUCGGUCGCUGACAGAAGACUGCGCCGCUGCUUUGGGAUUGGUAGCUGAGUUGUGUGUCGCGCCUUUUCUGACGAUGCGAACAACAUGGCGGCGGAAAGUGGUAGCGAUUUUCAGCAGAGACGUAGAAGGCGCCGGGACCCGGAGGAACCGGAAAAAACAGAACUCAGCGAAAGAGAGCUGGCAGUAGCAGUGGCGGUGUCCCAGGAGAACGAUGAGGAGAACGAAGAGCGCUGGGUUGGACCUUUACCUGUGGAGGCAACACUGGCCAAGAAGAGGAAAGUCUUAGAGUUUGAAAGAGUCUAUCUUGAUAAUCUCCCCAGUGCAUCCAUGUAUGAGCGCAGUUACAUGCAUAGAGAUGUUAUCACCCAUGUGGUAUGCACCAAAACAGAUUUUAUUAUUACUGCCAGUCAUGAUGGACAUGUCAAGUUCUGGAAAAAAAUAGAAGAGGGAAUUGAAUUUGUUAAACAUUUUCGUAGUCACCUGGGAGUUAUUGAGUGUAUUGCAGUUAGCUCUGAGGGAGCAUUGUUCUGUUCUGUGGGUGAUGAUAAAGCAAUGAAGGUGUUUGAUGUAGUGAACUUUGACAUGAUCAACAUGCUGAAACUUGGCUAUUUUCCUGGACAGUGUGAGUGGAUCUAUUGCCCAGGGGAUGCAAUUUCUUCAGUUGCUGCUUCCGAAAAGAGUACAGGAAAAAUUUUCAUUUAUGAUGGCCGAGGAGAUAACCAGCCACUUCAUAUUUUUGACAAACUCCAUACAUCACCUCUUACUCAGAUACGGCUAAACCCAGUUUACAAAGCAGUAGUGUCUUCUGACAAAUCUGGGAUGAUUGAAUAUUGGACUGGGCCUCCUCAUGAAUAUAAAUUCCCCAAAAAUGUGAACUGGGAAUAUAAAACUGACACUGAUUUAUAUGAAUUUGCCAAGUGUAAGGCUUAUCCAACCAGCAUAUGUUUUUCACCAGAUGGGAAGAAAAUAGCUACUAUUGGUUCUGAUAGAAAAGUUAGAAUUUUCAAGUUUUUAACUGGAAAACUCAUGAGAGUCUUUGAUGAAUCACUAAGCAUGUUUACUGAACUGCAACAGAUGAGGCAACAGUUACCAGACAUGGAAUUUGGCCGACGAAUGGCUGUAGAACGUGAGUUGGAGAAGGUUGAUGCUGUAAGAUUAAUUAAUAUAGUUUUUGAUGAAACUGGACACUUCGUGCUGUAUGGAACAAUGCUGGGCAUUAAAGUUAUAAAUGUAGAGACAAACCGGUGUGUGCGGAUUUUAGGCAAACAAGAAAAUAUUAGAGUGAUGCAAUUGGCUUUGUUCCAGGGGAUAGCCAAAAAGCAUCGUGCUGCAACUACUAUAGAGAUGAAAGCUUCUGAAAAUCCUGUUCUUCAGAAUAUUCAAGCUGACCCAACAGUAGUCUGUACAUCGUUCAAAAAGAAUAGAUUUUAUAUGUUUACCAAACGAGAACCAGAAGAUACGAAAAGUGCAGAUUCUGAUCGAGAUGUUUUUAAUGAGAAACCUUCUAAAGAAGAAGUCAUGGCAGCUACUCAAGCUGAAGGACCUAAACGAGUUUCGGACAGUGCCAUUAUCCACACCAGCAUGGGAGACAUUCACACCAAACUUUUUCCUGUUGAGUGCCCUAAGACAGUGGAAAACUUCUGUGUUCACAGCAGAAAUGGUUAUUAUAAUGGGCAUACAUUUCACCGUAUAAUUAAGGGCUUCAUGAUUCAGACAGGAGAUCCAACAGGUACUGGUAUGGGAGGAGAAAGCAUAUGGGGAGGAGAAUUUGAAGAUGAAUUUCAUUCAACAUUACGACAUGACAGGCCGUACACACUCAGCAUGGCUAACGCAGGAUCAAAUACUAAUGGAUCCCAGUUUUUCAUAACAGUAGUACCAACACCUUGGCUUGAUAAUAAGCAUACAGUAUUUGGACGAGUGACUAAAGGAAUGGAAGUUGUACAGAGGAUCUCCAACGUCAAAGUCAAUCCCAAAACAGAUAAGCCCUAUGAGGAUGUCAGCAUCAUAAAUAUUACUGUCAAGUAAAAUAAGAUUUGUUUUAAUGUACUUGCAAAUAAAAAUACAAUAUUAAACAGAUUAUUUUACAUUAGGAAGCUUAGGACUUGCUGAAUAUACAGAUCAUGUUUCAAAGAUACAGUAUUUUUGUAUUUUUUAUUAAAGGCUAUUUUUUAAAAAUUA